AUGGGUCUUAGUAAUAGUAGUUCUACUUCUGGUGGUGGUGGUGGUUGUAGCACCACCAGCACCAGUUCCCUUCAACUACUUUGUCUUGUUUUAUUUUCUGGGAUUUUGUAUUUAGAGACCAUAAAGCCCUGUUUUUCUAGCCAAGAUGUCAACCUGGGCUGCAUAGAACUGGAAAGGAUGGCACUCCUCAAGUUGAAACACGGUCUCGUAGAUCAUUCGGCCCGACUCUCUUCUUGGGUCGGUGAAGAUUGUUGUAGUUGGGGAGGUGUCCGUUGUAGCUACAAGACCGGGCAUGUGGUUCAGCUCAAUCUCCGCAACACUUUUCAACUUCCUGAUAUUCCUCCUGAUGAAGAUGAUGAUCAGUUGGCAGUUUAUGAAAGGUCAGCAUUAGGCGGUGAGAUAAAUCCUUCGUUGCUCAAUUUGGAAUUCUUGACUUACAUGGAUUUCAGUAACAACAACUUUAGUAGGAUUCCCAUCCCCAGUUUCAUCGGAUCGCUCAAGAAGUUGAGGUAUCUUAACCUCUCUCGUUCCUCAUUUGGAGGAACAAUUCCUCCUCAACUUGGAAACCUUUCCAGUUUGCGUCAUCUAGACCUUUCUGGUAAUUAUGAAUUGAAUGUGGACAACCUUGAGUGGUUACCUGGUCUCUCUUCCUUGGCGUAUCUUCAUAUGGGAUAUAUGAAUAUGAGAGCAGCAGGAAAAUACUGGCUACAAUCAAUUAAUAUGCUUCCUUCCCUUCUUGAGUUGCACUUGAGUUCUUGUGAACUUCACUAUCCUCUACUCCCUCAUUCUAUUAAUUUAACAUCUCUUUCAAUUCUUGACCUCUCUACAAACUCCUUGAACACUUCAGUACUUAUCUGGUUUCUUAAUAUUAGCAGCCUUUCUAACCUUUACUUCCGCUCCAAUUAUCCCCAAUAUCAUAAUUUGUCAAACAACCUAGACAUUGGAGGUGGAGCAUCAAUAUCAUGGGGAUGCCAUUUGCAGAGUUUAGAUCUAUCAGAAAGCGGAAUUGGUGGUGAGGUAACCAAACUUGUAGACAGUUUGUCAAGAUGCAAUAAUAGAAGGAUAAAGACAAUAAACUUGGGCUAUAAUCAAUUUAGUGGUCGUUUGCCAGCAUCCAUUUUCAAUCUUUCUUCUUUGGAAGAACUAGAUCUUUCUGGAAAUCUAUUUUACGGGAAUUUGCCUACAUCCGUUGGAAAUUUAUCAUGCUUGAAAAAACUAGAUCUUUCCUAUAAUCAAAUGAAUGGAACCAUUCCAGUAAAUGUUGGAGAGCUUUCAGAUUUAGUUUUCUUGGAUCUUUGUGAAAAUUCUUGGAAUGGUGUGAUUUCAAAAUUUCAUCUUAUGAACCUUACAAGAUUAGAAACUUUUCUCAUUUCAUCAUCUUCAGUCAAAUCCCUGGUUUUUAAAGUCACAUACGAUUGGGUUCCUCCUUUCAGUCUCAAGCUUUUGGAUUUCAGUGACUUACAACUGGAUCCUAGGUUUCCUACAUGGCUCCAAACCCAAAAGCAACUUUCUCUGCUUUCAUUGAGAAAUGUUGGUAUUUCAGACACCAUACCCCAUUGGUUUUGGGAGUUAUUCUCAAACCGUCAGAUAAUCUUAGAUCUCUCUAAUAAUCAUUUAACUGGAAAACUGCCAACCCCGUUAAGGCUUCAUUUAGAAUCUUCUAUUAAUUUGAGUUUCAACUGCUUAGAGGGCCCAAUCCAACCUUUGUCUGCUAAUUUGACUGCACUAUACCUUUCCAGUAAUUUUUUUUCUGGAGCUAUCCCAACCGACAUUGGUAACUUAAUGCCGUUGUUGUAUGUGUUAGAUCUUUCAUGGAACCGGUUAGGUGGUAGCAUUCCCCCUUCCAUUACUAAAAUGAAGCAAUUAGAAACUCUAAUCCUCUCAAAUAAUCUUUUAUCUGGAGAACUCCCUAGGGAUUGGAAGGAUUUACAGAAAUUGCAGGUUUUAGACCUAGCAAAUAAUAGUCUAACUGGUAUGGUUCCUAGUUCAUUUAGCCUUUUGAUCAAUCUUGAGUGGUUAGUACUGAGCAACAAUAGCUUCCAUGGGGAACUGCCAUCAUUAAGAAGUUGCAAGGGGUUGCUUGGCCUCAAUCUUGGUGAGAACCGAUUUUAUGGAGAAUUUCUAACAUGGAUAGGAGAAACCAGUUUUGACUUGAUGUUUCUACGUUUGCGAUCAAACUCGUUCAGUGGAAAUAUUCCUGAACAAUUGUGUGGUUUUACUUGUCUUCAUUUCUUGGACCUCGCUCGUAAUAAUCUAUCGGGAUUUAUUCCAUCAUGCUUUGGCAACUUGAGUGCCUUUGUUGAUUUAAACUCCUACAUGUGUGCUUCUGGUUCAUCAUAUCGCCAAUCCAUGAUGGUAGUCACAAAGGGAAAAGAAUUACAGUAUACAGGAGAUGGGUUUAUGGAUGGAAAUCUUGACUACAUCAAGAGCAUUGACCUCUCGAGCAAUAAUCUUUCAGGAAAUGUUCCAGAUGAAAUUACAAACCUCUUAGGACUGCAAACCUUAAAUUUAUCCAUGAAUCAUCUCACUGGAAAGAUCCCAGAAAAAAUUGGUAACCUGAAACGGUUAGAAACUCUUGACCUCUCAAGUAACCAUCUUUCAGGUAACAUUCCCCAAAGCUUGUCUUCCUUGUCUUUCCUGAGUCACUUAAACCUGUCCUAUAACAACCUUUCAGGGAGAAUCCCAUCAGGCAACCAGCUCCAGACACUCGAUGAUUCAUCCAUUUAUACAGGUAAUCCCUAUCUUUGUGGGUUGCCACUUUCAAAAAACUGUGAGAAUGGCAAAACAUCUCAAAGUCCAGCGUCCCGAGAUGGUGAUAACGGAGACAAUGAAACGUCUGAAUCUAAGAUGCAAUGGUUUUAUAUUAGCAUGGCCCCAGGAUUCGUGGUGGGUUUCUGGUUAGUUUGUGGCAGUUUAUUGUUAAAGCGGUCAUGGAGGCUUGCUUUUUUUCAAUUAUUGGGUAAUCUGAAGGAUUGGAUUCUCCUGAAAAUUGAAUUAAGUAUUGCUCGUUUAAGUAAGAGAUAG